UAAUCCUCCCCUUCUUCCCCUCUCACUCCCCUCUUUCCUCUCCCUCCCUAUGCCCAAAUUCCCUCUCCUUCUCUUCCUCUUUUCUUUUUUCUUUUCUCUCCCUCCCUGCACCCAACUUCCUUCUCCCUCUUUUCCUCUUUUCUUUUUUCUUUUCUCCCCCUCCCUCCACCCAACAUUCUUCAGCCUCUUUUCCUCUUUCCUUCUCCCUCCUAAAUAACUCCUCUCCCUUUCUCCAUCUUUUUUCUUUUCUUGUUUUCUUCAUUUCAAAAGCUCUCAUUUUUUUUGCAGAUCUGAAUUCGUACAGAAAAACAAGAGGAGUCACAAUUGAAUCUACUUUGCUCUCUCAAAUAUUAUUCAUGAGGAACUAUUUAUGCUCUUUGCAUGGUGGGGAUAAUGAACCUUCGAAACAUGUGUUUACAUGUUUGCAUGAGAGCUUCAAAGCAAAGGAUAAUAAAGGAUUUAUGUUUGUAAUUACUUAUAUUGUAAAUUUAAUGUUUUUACAUUUGGAAUGAUAUUGUAUUUGGAGUGAUUUUAUUCUCAAAGAUGUGUGUUUUUGUCUUGUGAAAAAGAAAACGACUUUCAAUAUUGGUGAAGUAAAUUGUGUUUUUAAACAAUGUUGAAUUAUGAAAGGUGAAUUAGUAAUCUUA